CACACAGCACCUCAGCUCAGGAGCCACUUUAUAGAGUGCAAGGCCUGCGUGCGAGGAGGAAGUAGUAAAGGGACCAGGACUAAGAGAGGCUGUUGAGAGGAGUGAAGCAUGGGAAACGAUCUCCAGAGGAGAAAUAGAUGCGGGGAUCACCAUAUUAUCAAAAGUUGUUUCUGCUUUCCAUGGAAAAGAAUACGUAAAGUCAGCCGAGACCAAAAGGAAAAAAAAGGAAAGACACUGUCUCCCAGCAAGCAGGACAAUGGUACCCAGAGCUACACGGGUGAGGUGUGCUACAUCCUUGUCAACCACACAGCCCUCGGGAGGAAGCCAUCAGGGAACUCUUCUGAGGAGGAGGAGGUCACCGGAGAACUUUAUGAGAACAUCUCUUGUGAGGCUCGCAGGCCCAGAGAGUCUUUGGGAGGCACCGAGACGGAGUAUUCCCUUCUCCGUGUGUCUUCCCCUCCAAGUCAUCCACCUUGCCCAGAAGAUGAAUAUGAACUCCUCAUGCCUGGCAGAGUCUCCUCUUCUCUCCAGCAGCCAGGCCCACGCGUGACCCCCUUUGAGACUCAGUUUUCCCAUUUCCAGUGAAGUGAUUGGACUGUCUUUGUGUAGCACCAGCAUAAAAAGUAGAAUGUGGGGCUCUGGCUGAAGCAGACCUGGGUCACUGAACUCUUUAGCUUAUUCUCCAGGAUCUCAGUAGAGCAUAGCAUGCAAGCCACAGUGUGAUCAGAUCCUGCUCUAUAUCUGCCAUCCAAAAAUCAGCCAACUAAUUCUGAACGCCACUAUCCAAAAAAAGAGUGGCCAUCUGAUUCAAAGUGGCACUGCAAGGACUCUGUGGUAGGAAGGGCUCUCUGGUCCCCCAAAGCUGUGUGCACCACAAAAGAGUCUAAGCUUCUGACUAGCUUUCGUUCUUGUUGUUAUUGGGGGCGGGUUGUUUUGUUUUUGUUUUUUAGUACUGAGAAUUGAACCCAAUGCCUCUGUAAUAUAUUCCCAGCCCUUUUUUAAUCUUUUAUUUUGAGACAGGAUCUUGCUAAAUCACUAACGUACCUAGGCUGGACUCAAACCUGUAAAUCCUCUUGUCUUAACCUCCCAUCUGCUCUCUGAGGUUACAAAGCAUUUAUUCAUCACACUAAGCAUGCCCCGAGGGAGAAUUCAUACGUGACGGUGACUUUCCAGCUCAGCCUCCAUCCCAAUGGGAGCAUGAUAUUCCCUUUACUCCCUAUGCCUAAAGAAUGUCCUUUACGUGGUAUCUUUUGUCUUACUGGUCCCCGUGGCUUGGUUAAUUAUGUGCGUUGAGUCAGAAGGUUCCAAUUUGUUUUAUAUAUAAUUUUAAUACUUCUUUGUUUGCUUGUUAAUUUUGUAUUUCUGUCCAUAAUUUUUGGCAAUGCUGGAUAUCAAAGCUAGGGUCUCAUGCAUGUCAGGCAAGCAUUCAACCACUGACCCUCUGUUUUGGUUACUUUUCCCUCACUGCUGAGACAAAAUACCCAACACCCAAAAUUAAGGAAGGAAAGAUUUAUUUAGCCCACGGUUUGUGGAGGUUUCAGUCCAUAAUCAGCUGGCUCCAAGGUAGGGUGGGAUGGCACUGGGGAAACACUUGAAGGUGGCAGAAGACAGCAAAAAAAGCAUCAAGAGCCAAAAAAGAGAACAAGCAUCUUCUCCUUCCUUAUAUUGUAAGCAGGCUACCUCCUCCCCAGGGCAUGAGUAGCCCUCCUCUUGCACAGGAGGAGGGUAUUUAUAAAGUAAGGAUCCUAGCUCCCUGAUGAGUCUCUUAGUUAAAUUUCUAAACUUCUCAAGUUGACACAAUGUAUCAACUGUAACACCCUCUCUCUAUAUCUUAAUAUUUGUCAUAGCAUCAGAGGAUGUGAAAGUAGAAAGACCUUCAGUGGUUUUGGGUUCAGAGAGAAUAAUUUACCCAAUGAUACAUUAAAGUUAUAGCAGAAUCUUAUCUAGGUGCUGAUUUACUAACUUCUAAUUCAGGUUUUCUUGAAUAUACUAUAGAAUAUAGAAGAGCCUUUGAUAUAGCAUAAAUAACUAUGUUAAAUAAUAUGACAUGAACCACAUGAUUAAAAUGUCCACAAGGAAGAAAUAUUGCACCCAUCCAUCCUUUCUCUAAUAAGCAUUCCUCUCUAUAGGCCUGGAUUAUUUCUUUUCUACCACCCUUUAAUGUUUCCGCAAUUAGGUUUAUUUCCUCAACUAAAGGCCAGCAAACAAUAGACCACUGACCAAAUCAGGCCCACCACCUGUUUAUGUAAAUAAAAUUUGAUUGGAACACUGGAACACUCAUUUAUUUACAUGUUCUGUAUGGUUGUUCCACUGUGAUAGAGUUCUGUAGGCCCCAUAAAGCCAAAAAUAUUUAUGUUUUGGUCCUUUUACAGAAAACAAUUUUGCAGAUCUCUGCCCUAAACCAUCACACUUUGAGACAAACCUAACAGGAAUAUAUUUAGUUAUCAAUAUAACUCAUAGAAGCAGGUGCCAAUCAAACAGUAUGAAAAUAUUAAAACCACAAAUGGGGAGACACCAAGAACAGUUAGCAAAUUAGACUAUUUCUACAUUUGCACCUGUGUCACUGCUGCUGUGUAACUCAUAAUCACCACUAGCCUAAUUUUAGAGAUGUUAAAAUAGCAAAAGGCCUGUUGAGCCAACUGGUAAAAUAUUACUAUUUUUUGCUCAAAGCAAUGGCUAUUUAAAAUGUGCUAAGUGAUUAAUGAUGAUAAAUCCAUUAACUGGAGAUACAAUGAGUCAAAUCAGGUUUUCUGAGGUUUCUGAUAACUUCUAAAUUUAGUAAGUUUCUUUCACAUGGAAACCGAAGUUUUCUCUUUGGCCAAGAUUUACUCAGGCUCAGGGGAGGGUGUCUGUGGUGGCCGCAAACUGUGUACAAGUUGUAGCAUUGCUUAGAGGGAGUUGUGUGGAUCCAAAGUAGAAAAGCAGUGCUUUGAAUCCUGGGUCUCUCCCUGCAUCCUCUGUAACCUUGAGUCUGUAACUUGGAGGCUUCAUUUUUUUCUUUUACCAUAAAUCCUCUAAAAUGUGGAAGUCAUCUAUUGCAGACCCUAAGUAGAAAUAAUAUCAAAGAGUAAAGGGACCUUUCAUUCUGUGUGGAGAAAGAGGCAGAUGCAUCUGGUGACCCACCCAGCAAUCCCCAACAAGGCAGAAACAUCAAAUUGAUAAGUUCCAGGGCCAGGGAUAUGGCUCAGUGGCACAGUGCCUGCCUGGGGAGUGCAAGGUCAUGUUAUAUUCCUGGCACAAAAAAAAAAAAAAAAAAAAAUGAUGUUUGUGCUGCAAUUUUCCACAUGACUACAAAACCAUUGUGGAAUAUGUUUGGUUGAAACAUUCUUAAGAUGGUCUGGGCAUGGUGGUGCAUGCCUGAGGCAGGAGGAUCACUUUGAGUUCGAGGCCAGCCUGGGCUACAAGACCUGUCUUUAAAAAAAAAACAAAAAAAGAAAAGAAAGGAAGGAAGGAGGAAAGAAAGAUUAUUAUGAAAAGUUGUAUUUGUUUAAUCCUUGUCUUGUGAAAGUAUUACCUGUCCCAAACACAUAUACGCCUUUUAUCAGGAAUGUAGUCAAUGUAAAUGCUUAGUAAAGAAAGCUGUUCUUGUAAUAAUGUUAUAUAAAAGGAAAAAAAAAAUUUUGAGCAGGCAAGCUAUUGGGAGUGCUUGAAAAAACCCACUGCAUUGUACAUAAUGUUAUUUGUCAAGUUAAAUGUUAAUUUUUAAAAAUAAAAAUUAGAAACAUU